UGAGUACACUAACUUGCUAAACAUGGAAUUUGAAAUUUUGGUUUGGUUACUUCUUCUCUUUGCAACUCCUCUUUGGUUCUUAGCCACCAUACUAUUUAAAAGUAAACCACCACCCUCUCCUCCUUCUUCCAACCCCGCCGCCGCCACCGCCGCUAUUCCCAAAGUCUAUCCUAUCAUCGGUUCAGUGCCGUCCAUCAUAGCAAACAAGCAUCGCCGCAUACACUGGAUGUCUGACAUACUCCAUGCCUCCCCCUCCUCCACCUUCGUCCUCCACCGCGGCUUCGGCUCCCGCCAUGUCUUCACAGCAAACCCUACUGUUGUACACCACAUUCUCAAGACCAACUUCCCACUCUACCAGAAGGGCCCAACCUACAAAUCUGCCCUUAACGAUUUUCUCGGCCAGGGAAUUUUCAACACAGAUGGCGCCGAAUGGAAACUUCAACGCCAAAUCUCCAGCCAUGAAUUCAGCACUCACAGCCUCCGCAAGUUCAUUGAAACUGUCGUCGAUGUGGAGCUCUCCGACGGCCUUCUCCCCCUCCUCAAUGACGCAUCCCAGAACAAAACCAUCAUCCCAGACUUCCAAAACAUUCUCCAACGCUUCACCUUGGACAACAUCUGCAAAAUCUCUUUCGGCUUCGACCCCGAGUGCCUCCUCCGGGAAACCCCCUUCACCACCGCCCUAACCGACGCCCAAAUAAUCUGCAGUAAGAGACUUCACGCGGCGUUCCCUCUGAUUUGGAAAAUAAAAAAAGUCCUUAACCUAGGCUCGGAGAAGCGGCUGAAGGAAGCGGUGCCGGAAGUGAAGGAUUUGGCAAGGAGAAUAAUGAGAGAGAAGAAAAAGGAGCUUGGGGAAAAGGAAACCCUAGAUUCCGUGGAUCUUUUGUCAAGGUUUUUAUCCUCAGGCCAUUCGGACGAAGAUUUCGUUAUAGAUAUAAUCAUCAGCUUUAUCAUCGCGGGGAGGGAUACAACCUCACUGGUGCUCACCUGGUUCUUCUGGCUCCUCUCUAAGCACCCGCACGUGGAGGAGAAGGUGCUUAAGGAGGUGACGCAGAAAGACACGGUGUACACACACGCGUGUGAGGAAAUGAAAGACAUGGUUUACACGCAUGCGGCGUUGUGUGAGACCAUGAGGCUUUACCCACCCGUUCCGAUGAACUCGAAAGAGGCCAUGCGCGAUGAUGUUUUACCCAACGGGAGUUUGGUGAAGAAAGGGUGGAGGGUGACGUAUCAUAUUUACGCCAUGGGGAGGUCGGAGAAGAUUUGGGGGUCGAAGGCGGAGUUUCGGCCGGAGAGGUGGCUGACUUGGGAGGAGGUGGAAGGCAGGUGGAGGUUUGAGGCCGUGGAUGCUUUUACUUAUCCCGUGUUUCAGGCUGGCCCAAGGGUCUGUUUGGGUAAGGAAAUGGCGUUCCUGCAAAUGAAACGAAUGGUGGCCGGGAUUUUGAGACGCUUUAAGGUGAUUUCCGAGGUGGCGGAACCCAAGUACGAUGGCUACUUCACUUCUUUCAUGGUGGGUGGCUUCCCCGUCAGAAUUCAGAAUCGUAAUUAAAAGAGUUAAAAUUAUUAUUUAAUAUUUUUUAUAAAAUGGUGUGUUGGAGAGACAAAUAAAACACACUUUCUUCUUC